AUGCCCAAGUCUUUUGUUUCUUUCCAGGAGCCCGAUGAGGCCGACCACUUCUCCUCUCGCCCUCCCACUACGCCGUCAUCCCCUGAAACCCUCCGCAGGACGAAUACUUCCAUGUCUGCAAGCGAACUGCGAGGCCGUUUACCACCUUCCCUGAUCAUGACUCCACGGUCCACAGAAGAGAGUGCCUUGUUGGAUGGAGACCACCGCUCUGUCCGGAGAUACAACGAAAACAUGCCCGAGUCACCCAGGUCAAGACAACUGUCAAGGGUCAACAGCACAAGUGACAGCCUACGCCGGCGGAGAUACUACAGUGCUCGACCCUCGGGAAAUACCAGUCCUGUCUGGAUGCGGAACUCUGGUCUCCGUACGCCAAAGCUAUCCUCGUCGAUGCUGAUGGGCUCAUUGUCUAAAGAUGAUCGGCUGUGGUAUGAUCAAUUCACCUCAACGGACUGGGUGCACGACAGCAUUGCCGAUGGAUACCGUGUCCUGGACCUGAAAAAGCGGAGGGGUUGGCGAGGACGCCUGGCGUUGCUUCUCGACUCGGCACAGGGUUGGAUUCUUGUUGCCAUGAUCGGUGUGAUCACGGCAGGCAUUGCGUACUUUGUCGACGUGACCGAGUCGGCAAUUUUCGAUAUCAAGCGUGGCUUUUGUCGAGGCGCCUGGUAUCUUGGUCGCACAGACUGUUGUGCUGGCGAACGCAACUGUGACAGAUGGAGGACUUGGUCCAAGCUUAUCCACCCGUCCGGUAUGGACGAUAUCUACAUCGACUACGUGGCAUUCGUUAUCGGUUCGGUGGUGCUCGCUGCCCUGGCGUGCUUCAUCACUCUCUAUUCCAAGACAGUCGUGCCAUCCCAGAUCGCCUCGACUUUUGACGAGAACCUGGGAGCCGUCAAGCAGAACGUCAAUGAUGAUGCUGAUGACGACAAGUCUGGAGGCGCCCAGCUACUGCAGACGCAAGAUCCCCCGCCUCCAAACGUCUACUAUUCGGCCGCUGGAAGCGGUGUUGCCGAAGUCAAGGUCAUCCUGAGUGGCUUUGUUCUCCAUGGAUACCUGGGUCUUCGCGUCCUAAUCCUGAAGACCAUCGCUCUGAUUUUGAGUGUGGCGUCAGGGAUGAGUCUGGGCAAAGAAGGCCCUUAUGUCCAUAUCGCGACGUGUGUGGGCAACAUUGCGUGCAGGCUGUUUUCCAAGUACAACCUCAAUGACGGUAAGAGAAGGGAGGUCUUAUCUGCCAGUGCCGCCGCCGGGGUGGCCGUCGCUUUCGGUUCGCCUCUGGGAGGAGUCCUGUUCAGCCUGGAGGAAGUCAGCUAUUACUUUCCGUCCAAGACGCUAUUUCGAACAUUCUUUUGUUGCAUCGUGGCUGCAUUGUCCCUCAAGUUUCUGAAUCCGUACGGGACGUCCAAAAUUGUCCUUUUUGAAGUCCGUUACAUCACCGAUUGGCGUUUCUUCGAGCUUUUCAUAUUCAUCUUGCUGGGCAUGGCGGGUGGGCUGGCUGGUGCGCUCUUCAUCAAAGCGUCUAGAUUCUGGGCCACCACAUUCCGGCGCAUCAAAAUCAUCAAGGCCUAUCCAAUGCUGGAGGUUCUCCUGGUGGCACUUGUCACUGGGCUCGUCAGCUUCUGGAACCGGUACACGCGACUAGCAGUCACCGAGCUGCUUUUCGAACUGGCGAGCCCAUGCCAGAAGCAUUCGUCAACGGGUCUCUGUCCUAAGACGGAGGAUGAGAUGCUCAGGGUCAUUGGCUACCUGAGUAUGGCAUUCGUCAUCAAGGCUUUCCUCACGACUAUUACCUUUGGUAUCAAGGUGCCGGCGGGUAUCUACGUACCAUCGAUGGUGGUGGGUGGUCUGAUGGGUCGUAUUGUUGGCCACUUGACCCAGUACGUGGUGGUCAAGCUUCCGAAUUUUUUCUUGUGGUCACACUGUCAGAAUGACGGCAACAUCGAAGCAUGUGUCACACCGGGAGUGUAUGCCUUGGUGGCGGCAGGUGCUACCAUGUGCGGUGUCACACGUCUUUCUGUCACAUUGGCGGUCAUCCUGUUUGAACUGACCGGCAGCCUCGACCACGUGCUACCUUUCUCUCUGGGCGUGCUCUGUGCCAAAUGGACCGCCGACGCUGUGGAGCCCCUGAGCAUUUAUGAUCUUCUCACCGAUAUGAAUUCAUACCCAUUUCUAGACAACAGAAGCACUCCUGUCUUUGACUCGGAACUCGGAGACAUCACACCCCGUUUCCGAAGGGAUAAAGUGAUUGACAUUACGAUAUCCCCUCUGGUCAAGGCCAGUGAUUUGCGAGCCAAACUCCGACGCCUACAAAAUCUUGGCGAACUCGACGGCGGCCUGCCUAUCCUCCGAGACAAGAAGUUGGUAGGGCUGAUUCCGGCGCCGGACCUGGAGUUUGCGCUGGAUCGUGUAGAGGAUGAAGAUAGCGCCUUUUGCUUACUCUCUACCGAGAAUCACGCGCACAACACGCACCGUCGCUACUGGGAAGCGUUUGAGGAGGCUGGCUACGAUUCCGGGAGGGACGAUUCCGACGAUCAAGACUCGCCAGCCAACAACCCGACCGAUUUGACUCCUUACAUCGACCCUGCUCCGGUAGCACUGGACACGCAUUCGCCCAUGGACCUUGUGUAUCAGUGUUUCGUCAAGUUGGGUUUGAGGUACAUUUGUGUGUUGCAUGAGGGUGAAUUCAGGGGGAUGGUGCAUAAGAAGGCGUUUGUAAGGUAUAUCAAGACCUUGGAGCACGAGGGAAGUCGUCAUUGA